AUGGCGGCUCUCGUUAGGGUCUCGGGGCCGCCGAACAGUAGCUUCUUAGUUGGUUAUCCGGGGAUAUCUGCUACUCUGCCGCGAAUCGAAGGAACGGUCGAAAUUCGACCGUCACAGGGAUACUCGGCUCCCGUUUCCAUCUCCCUCGACGCGAACCGAAAAAUACCCCCAGCCUCGCUCUCGCUCGGGAGCCGCACCGCCGAAACGUUCUACGAGCUCGUCGUCACCGUGCAACAGGGCCACACCCACUCACACAAAUACGCUUUCCCCAUAACUAUGCAGCGCUACGAUACCCUUUCGACCUUUGGCAUGUAUAACAAACCCGAAUUCAAAACGGCGGUCUCGGACAACAUUGUCACUCUCGGCAUGUCCUUACCCAGAUGGAGCUACGGGCCCUCUGAUCCCUUGACCAUCUAUAUCAGGGUGGCGCCGAACCCGGACUGGAUGAGCAAGGCUAAAAGACGAGCCUACAAAAAGAUCAACAAGAUUAUCAAGCACAACCAGCCGGUCAAGGCCAAGCUGACAGAGGCCGGGUACACGACGAAUCUGGGGCUAGUGUUUCCCUCCAAGUCCAUCCGCGAUUCUGACGGCAUAAUACGCCGCGAGAAGCCCGGCUUCCCCUUGUACGAAGUUAGUUCCUUUACAACUAGCUCAACGCUCUACAAGAUUGAGUUUUUCGUAUGCAUCAAGGCCCACCUGAGCUCCGCACGAGACAUCACGGUCCGCCAGCCGAUAGUGAUUUGCCCCAUGGACCAUCAGGAAUGCAAGGAGAUUCUAGACGCUAUUGAGCAGUCUGCCAAGGAUGCUGCCCAUGUGGAUCCUAAUCGGCCCCCACCACGACCUACGAUCAUCAAGGCAAGUGAUAAGAAUGCACUUGAAUCGCUAGGACUUUGUAUGGUUGGGGGCCAGAAGAAGCCUCUGAUCGAUUAG